AUGCCCCUCUGCUAUAGUGCCCACUGCCGCCACACACGCUGGCAGCACGUGGGUGUCCAAAGCGAUACCGAUUGCCGGAAAACUUCAAAAUCGAGAGCCACCUUUCCGGCUAUAGCUACUAUUCGACGAGUGGAGCAACUUAUUCAACUGCGGCAGCAUCCAAUUUCAACCCGAAAUCCGGCCAAAACCUAA